AUGGAACAUUUAUUCUUAAAAUUCAAUUGGUAUUCGAAGCAUCCAAUCGUAGUGAUGAUUCACUCUUAUAUUUUACAAGAAAAAACGAAAGAUGAUGAUACAAAGAUCCUUGCUGUAAAAUAUCCAUGCAACUGGGUAUCCGAUCUGGGUAUUCAUCUCGAUACCCAAGUUGUGGAUAUUAUGACAUCCCUCAAUUUUAGAGAUGUUUAUUAUUGUCCGGGUAAUCAUGAAUUAUGGACACGAUCCGGAAGUACCACAACAUCUAGUUUUAAAGAAAAUAGAAAUAAUUCGAAAAUCAUUACAUUUUCACAUGUUUUAACAAGCAAAAAAUUAAUGAAAGCAUAUAUCGAUGAAAUGUCUCUUCGUCGACAAAAAUGGCUUGACAGUCGAAAAGUGGCUGGAACUGAAUUAUUAAAUGAGCAAUUGAAAUUAAUUAAACCACAAGUACACAUAUUUGCUCACAGUCAAAAUGGAAUUGGAUAUUGGUCAUGGUAUUCAAUAUAUAAAUAA